AUGAGUGAUGAUUCACCUAGUAUAACGGCUGCUUCUUUACAACCUGAGUUGUGGACAUCGUCGUCAAAUGAUGUAUUGCAAAUAUAUAUAACUGAUUCAGAUGGAACAGCCUUGAAUUUUCAUCCGAAUUUUACAUAUCCAAUAUUUGGAGAUUCAGAACAAAUAUUCGGAUACAGGGACUUGGUAAUCUUCCUAUGUUUUGACCAUUGUACGUUUUACCCGUUUUUGAAUGUCAAAUAUAGUGAUAAAUUGAAUGAUGACACACUUGAAGACCCCCGUGAAAAAUUAUUGAGUUAUUUGCCAGAGUCUACCAUUUUCAAGGAUGAAGUCAAGUGGGUCGAUUCGAUAAAUAAGGAAAAAGAAGGUUUCGAAAUUCCUGGAGAGUUGGUUGGAAAUGUUUUCACCCACGGAGAGGAUAAAUUUGGAAUUUACAAACUUGAUUUAAAGAAUGCACAAGGAUUAGAACUCCAUAAGAGAUUACAAAUCUUGGUGUUAUUAUUCAUUGAAGCGGGUUCAUAUAUUGACCAUCAAGACGAGUUAUGGGAUAUUUAUGUCAUGUAUAAGGUCACUGAUGAGAAAACCCCAAGUAUCAUUGGGUUCUGCACAGCGUACAACUAUUGGAAAUACGGAGGAUUUGAGAAAUUUGACUCAAACCAACAAGAGGUCCGCAAGAAGAUUUCUCAGUUUAUUGUCUUGCCAAUGUACCAGGGGUUGAAAUUGGGAGGGCACUUUUAUAACAAUUUAUAUGAAUAUUGGAUGCAAGAUCCUCGAGUGAUUGAAGUUGUGGUGGAAGAUCCUAGUGAAAGCUUUGACGAUUUAAGAGAUAGAUGUGACUUGACCAGAUUGUGCCAGAACACCAUCAAAGUGGCAUCAGUUGACUUACCUUUGAUUAACAGUGAGUGGGCAACUAACUUAAGACAAGAGCAGAAAUUGGAAAAAAGACAGUUUUCAAGAUUAUUGGAAAUGAUUUUGAUCUACCAAUUGGAACACAAUCUCACGAACAUCUCCAAAAAACAGGUAAGGUUGUUUAUUAAAAAGAGAUUAUACGAAAAAAACAAAGAAAUAUUGGACGGGUUAGAUGAGCCUACCCGUUUGGACAAAUUGCAGACUGCUUAUGCGUCGUUGGAGCUGGAUUACAAGAGGAUUUUGUCUGGAUUGUCGUUACACAAGCGUGCUCUCGAUUCGACCGAAGGUCGUAGUAAGAAAUCCAAGCCUAAUGUGUAG